UGAAACGGAACGUGGUUGGCCGGGGGUAGGGCCAAUAACUUCUGCGAAUCUGGCCCUUUGUCCUCCAGUGGCCGAAAGGCGGACGCGGAGCUAGUGCUGCGGAUUCGGAGAAGAGAGAAGCCGCGGGCGAAGGAGCUGGAGCGCCAGGCGGGCGCGCGAGGGGUGCGGGACUGCGGGGCCGAAACCAUCGUCAGGUGCCUGGAAGCGAGCGCAGAGAGCCGGCGCCUACGCCCGCGCAGCCGGGCUGAGCAGCCCUCACGCCGCGCUCCGCGGAAGGGACCUGCACUUGCAAUAUGACUUUGGAGGAAUUCUCGGCUGCAGAGCAGAAGACCGAAAGGAUGGACACGGUGGGCGAUGCCCUGGAGGAAGUGCUCAGCAAGGCGCGGAGUCAGCGCAGCAUCACCGUCGGGGUGUACGAGGCCGCCAAGCUGCUCAACGUCGACCCCGACAACGUAGUUUUGUGCCUGCUGGCUGCGGACGAAGACGACGACAGGGACGUGGCUCUACAAAUCCACUUCACCCUGAUCCAGGCGUUUUGCUGCGAGAACGACAUCAACAUCCUGCGCGUCAGCAACCCCGGCCGGCUGGCGGAGCUCCUGCUGUUGGAGACCGACGCGGGGCCGGCGGCCAGUGGGGGAGCCGCGCAGCCCCCGGACCUGCACUGCGUGCUGGUGACGAAUCCACAUUCGUCACAAUGGAAGGAUCCUGCCUUAAGUCAACUUAUUUGUUUUUGUCGGGAAAGUCGCUACAUGGAUCAGUGGGUUCCAGUGAUUAAUCUCCCUGAACGGUGAUGGCAUCCAAAUGAAAAUAACUGAAGCAAAUUGCACUGAAGUUUUGAAAUACCUUUGCAGUUACUCAAGCAGUUACUCCCUCCGCUGAUGCAAGGAUUACAGAAACUGAUGUCAAGGGGCUGAGUGAGGUCUACUACGUGUUCUGGGGGGCCAGGAGAAAGAUGACUUUGCAGAUGGCGAGGUGAAAAUGAAGAAGGAAGCUACAUUGAAACAGAACUCUAAGUCAAGAGGAACAAAAAUUACACAGAACUGUGCAGGAAAAAAAAAUGAUAUUUAGGAUGUUUCAGUUACAUUAAAAUAACCCAAAUAUGCUUUGUUAAAAGUUUAUAUGUGUAGCAGUAGUUUGGGUCAUUUUGGUUUAUAUGCCCUCAAGUAAAAAGAAAAGGGAAAAGACUUAAUCAUAUUUUAAAGCCACAUUUUAUUGUAUUUUGAUGAGAUGUUAAAUUCUCAGAAGUUUUAUUAUAAAUCGUACUAAGUUAUUUAAUGACAUGAAGUUAUUUAUGAUGAAGUUUUUUCUGAAACAAUACCUAAAAUAAACUGGUAUGGAAUAAUUGCA